AUGUGUCUCGGGGCAGCUCAGGACGCGGCCGGACUCCUUGUGCUCAGAUUUCUCCUGGGAGUCUUGGAGGCUCCUUCUUACCCGGCCUUCACCAUCAUCAAUAGCAUGUGGUACAAGAAGGCUGAGCAACCUCUUCGAAUGACCUUAGCACUUACGGGCUUCGCGAGUUUGAUUGCGGGUGAUGUUUCGUACGGAAUUGGAAACUUGCAUACAGCUAUCGCCUCUUGGAAGCUCCCAUUCUUGGUUAUGGGAGCAUUCCAGCUUCUCUUAGUGCUCUACAUCUGGCUACCAGAUUCUCCACUGAAGGACAAUUUCCUAACUGGAAAGGGGAGGUACAUUUCUCUCGACAGAGAACUAAAGUGGUGUCAAGUCCGCGAAGCCUUUACCGAUUACAAGACCUACCUGCUCGUCCUCUUUGUCCUCAGUAUCCACGUACCAACGGGCGGCGUCGUCGCCUUCGGGGCACAGAUCGUGUCUGGUCUUGGCUUCAGCACGCUCGAGACCAUGCUCCUCAGCAUAUCAACAGGCGCGACGCUGACCUUGUCGAGUUUCAUGGUGGCAGUUCCCCAGCUGUGGUUCAAGAACAAGAGAUGCCUGGCAAUGGGGCUUUGCUGCAUAGUCCCUGUCUUUUGCUGUUCCUUGCUACAACAUCUGCCUCGCGAGAACAAGGUCGGCCGACUGCUGGCGUACUACUUCUUCUACUUCUUCUGGGGCCCAUACGCGACAGGUUUGUCCAUUGCGACCAUGAUCGCUCCCAAGCUGACCUUCUUCACAGCCAUCUCCCUCCCUAUGGACAACCAUUUUCGUUGCAUACUGCGCCGCAAAUAUGAUAGGCACCCAAGUCUUUUCAUCCACGAAGCACCCAACUAUCCAACAGGGUACAAUACCUUGCUGGGGCUCGAGGUUGCGGCCAUCUGCUGCAUCACGGCGUAUACAGUGGGUUGUUUCAUGGAGAACAAGCAGAGAGAUCGAAAGGAGGGGACCAACGUCUCUGUAGGAGCGGACGAACAAUUUGGAGACUUGACCGACUACGAAAAGAGGGGAUUUAGAUAUCUUUAUUAA